AAGCGAAACGAAACGAAACACAAGAAACCUGAAAAAAAGCUAAGAAGAAAAAUAACGGCUAACAGUGUCCGGGUGCCGUCCGUAGAGCGUGCUUCAAACGUAGAAGAAGAAAACAAAAUCGCAAUUGUUUGUUUACUUACCGUGCGAACGAAGAAGAUCUGUUUUGCGGUUUAACUUUCGUUUUUCAUAUUUGUCAAAGAACGUGGAAAAAAAGAAGCGGGAAAUUCUCUCGCUUUUCAGAAUUGAAACAGAAAAUAAGAAAAAAUUUGAAAUUUUUUUUGGAAUUUAAAAAAAGAAAUAAUUUCUAACAAAUCAUUUGGAGAAUUUUUUUUUUUUCGAUAAAAUAACAACCAGCUGUAGUGUUUUUCUUUCUUUCUGAAAUGUAUUAUUCAUGUAGCGGGAAAUAAAGAAAUCGAAUGUCUUAAAUUACCGCACACGUAUCAAUGGUUAAAUCAACCGGCCGAUUCCAAUACUCCCCCCAUCCAUAACAAAGCAAAAAAAAUAGUAACAAUCAUUUGAUCCGUGCCAAAUAAAAUAAAAUAUCAUUGACCGCAAAACUCUCUUCCUGCAUUAGACAACAAUAACAACAACAACAAACUAAACAGCAUUGCUCAUAGUCGGACCAGAUAAACACACAGCUUCACACCAACGCCACCAACAUGAACGAGGCAAAUGGUAAUCACUCCAUCAUCACCACAACUAAUCAGGGUGAUAUAAACCGGCAAUCUGAAUCGCCGGCACGCACGAUUGACUCACAUGACUCAACGACGGGCAGCAUGGACACCAUAGUUGAUCGAGCAACCCACCACAGCAACAGCAGCAACAACAACAGCAUGGGCAAUAUUGCUGUGGCUAUGGGUGGCAAUGUAAAUGCUUCUGCUUCUUCUUUGAACAAUACUAGCCAUGAGGAAAUGAUGCAGACCGCAAUUGAACAGAGCACCAACACCACAAAUAUGCAACAUCAACACAAUCACAACAGUCUAACCAAUUCCGAAAUAGCCAUGUUGCAACAACAAACUACCAACGGAAGUGAUGAUGAAUUAAUGCAAAAUUCGCAGCAUCAGCAGCAACAACAAAAUAAUUCCAAUUCCAACAACAAUAAAACGUCCAAGCCCAUGGAUGCCCAAAGUCACAUUUACUCCAGUCCAGUUUAUGAUGAAAAACCACCACAGCCCUUAAAAUUAACAGCUGCCACCUUGGUGGACACGGUAAAGAAUGACAGUUUAAAGAAACCCAAAUUGAUAUCCCACGAAGAGUUCAAACAACAGCUACAGGAAACCAUUGCAUCCCGAGCGGCAACACUCGAUUCCAGAAUCAGUAAAAAACAAAGAUUUCCCCCAGAACUCAUCAAAGAUGAUCGGAGUUCGGUGAAAUCUUCCAAAUCAUUGAAAAAGAAGAAGUCAUCGUCAUCCAAGCUCAAAAGUAGUACCGCUUGUUGUUCGGCAUUUCCAGUACAAAUUAUUUUGGGUCUUCUACAACUGCUGCUGGCCAUUUCAUUGGUGGCCUUGGGCUCUUUACUGAUUGUCCGUGAGGCAGCUCUAUCCACAGCUGGCUGUGGCAUAUGGACAGGUCUGAUAGCAGCCGUAACAGGAUCAUUAGGUGUUGUGGGCUUAAGGAAGACACAAACUUCGUUUUUGGCCUUGAGUUUGGUUUGCAUUGCAACGAGCACAUUGGCAUUGGCUAUUUCGGGUGUUGGUCUGUCACGUGAUGUGAAUCAAUCGAAGGAAAAGUUCGAUUUAUUGAAUGCCAAAAGUGAAAUUUCCGCUGCAUCUGGACUGAUUUUCACUUUAUUUCUACAUUUUGUUGUUAGUGUUGUUUCCGUCUACCGCUGUGCACUGCAAAUGUGUUCAAGAUCUAAAACCGCUGAAUUACAGGAUAUUAUUAUUAAGACAAAUGCAAAUGGUUUGGCCCUGGACCCAGAGAAAGUAGAUCAAUACAUGAAGGCAAUGUCAAUGGCUGGAAGUGAGAAGGAAAACAAUGAUAAAUUGGCCGCCCUAUGGAUGUAUGCUGCACAAACCGCAAAUAUGGGUGCAUCAAAGCCCAAAAUGGCACCAAAUGGUAGACCUGUUAUGCUUAUACCAGCCACUGGAAACUUAACGCCAUCAAUGGUACCACAACCAAUGCUAGCACCACCUGCAAUGCCCCCUGCAGCAUAUCGUGGUGGUAUGACUUUACCCAUGAUGAGAACUGCUUCGAUGCCCGUCAUCUAUGGACCACCACCACAGGCGCUUUAUGCCGCUAGCAUGCCAGCAGCCAGUAUGACCGGAACCUAUCGCACCCAACGUAGCACGAAAUCUGUUGAUGCUCGUAAAAAACGUCGUGCCGCCGCACAACUUUUGCGUUCUGGUAAAUCCGAUGCAAAUCGUCGUCAACGUCGUAAAUCUGAUGCCGAUGUCAUUGAUGGUAAUCCAUCAUUUCAAUAUACCGGUUUGGAUCGUGCUAUAGCUGAUAAUUUUUUGGCUAGACAAGAGCAACAGACGCAUGUUGGCCAUGUCGAUUAUUCUUCGUCGUCUGGUGCUAGUGAUACAUAUGGUCAAUCGACGACAAUGAUGAAUGGUAAUGGUCCGUCGAGAGCAUCAUCAAAAACGAAAAUAGUUUGUCGGGAUGUUGUUAUGUAAAUUUUGGGGAUGUUCCUCCUCAAUUUUGUUAGUGUAUUUAGUUAUUAGCUACUUAUAUAGGAAAAAAAAAAAAAAGAAAAUCUUAUAUAUAAUCUCACCAUAUCUGUCUAUCUAUUGUAUAUAGUGUUUUAAGUUUUCAACAUCAACAGAAAAAAAUACAAACAAAACUAAUCUAUUCAAGAUUUAUCAAGGAUAUAUAUUUUUUAUAACCUUAUAUUAUUCAUACUUACACUAUGCGGACAUAUAUUGAAAUAUGUGUUUCUAUAUACAUAUUUACUAUACUAUACUCUACACUGAUAUAUAAAAAUAUUAAUAUUUAAAUACUAAACAUAAACAACGAUGUAUAUUUAAAUUAAAAUGUAUUUUACAAAUAAAUGAAAAAUAUAAUCCAAUAACAGAA